AUGGGCACCAGGUCAGUGGCUAUGCCCCCUUCCAUCUGGGGGCUGCUGGGCUGCUGUUUCCUUUGUGACUGGGCUCUGGGGGGUCCACGGCCCCUCCACUCUCUGCCCCCACUGUCCUCCCAAGUCAAGCCAGGAUCUGAGCCCAGGUGGUUGCCCCAAGAAGGGGCUGAGGCAGCCCUGGCUUUUCUUUACUCUGGAGAUGCCCAGCAGCUGUCAGGGGCUAACUGCAGUGAGCACUACAAAGCCCAGGGUGCAGGAGCCAGGUUAGGGCUCCCCCCAAUCCUAUGGAAGGCAGCGGUCACCCUUGCCCAGGCUGCCAAUUUCCUCAACAUGCUGCUCCAAGCCAACGACAUCCGAGAGUCCAGCGUGGAGGAAGACAUGGAGUGGUACCAGGCGCUCGUCCGCAGCGUGGCCGAGGGGGACCUGAGGGCAUAUCGGGCUUUGCUGACCUUUAACCCUCCGCCUGGGGCCAGCCACCUGCAGCUGGCCCUACAAGCCACCCGAGUGGGAGAGGAGACCAUCCUUCAGGACUUGUCCAAGAACAGACGACGGGAGAGUCCAACCGGAGGCUCAGACACCCCUGCUCUGCAGAAGCGGGUAUUGACCAACGAUCUAGGGAGCCUUGGAAGUCCCAAGUGGCCACGGGGGGAUGGAUAUGUGGGGGACAUGCAGCAUGUGAGGCUGUCUCCCCCCUUCCUGGAAUGCCAGGAGGGCCGGCUCCGUCCAGGCUGGCUUAUUACGCUGUCCACCACCUUCUAUGGACUCGCGCCAGACCUCAGCCCAGAGGUCAGGGGGCAGGUGCAGAUGGACGUAGACCUUCAGAGCGUGAACGUCAACCAGUGUGCCAGUGGCCCGGGCUGGUACGCUAACACACACAUGUGUGAACUCAACAGCACCCAGUGUGUCCCCCUGGAGGGCCAGGGCUUUGUCCUUGGCCGCUACCUCUGCCGCUGCCGACCUGGCUUCUACGGGGCAAGUCAUUCCGGGGGGUUAGAAGAAAGCGCCACCCAGCCUACCGGGCAAUUUGGGUCCCUGCAAAGCAGCACGGAGAGGUUGCUGCGGUGCCAGCCAUGUCCCAAGGACUGCACCAGCUGCACGAAUGCUACCCCCUGCCUGGUGGAGGAGGCCCUGGUGCUGCGGGCACUGGUGCUGGCCUGCCAGGCCUGCUGCAUGCUCGCCGUCCUCCUGAGCAUGCUGCUCUUCUACCGCUGCCGCCGGAGCAAGAGGAUCCGGGCAUCUGGAGUUGUUCUGCUGGAAACCAUCCUUUUGGGAUCCCUGCUGCUCUACUUCCCUGUCUUCAUCCUGUACUUCAAACCCAGCGUAUUCUGCUGCAUCGCUCUCCGCUGGGUCCGCCUGCUGGGUUUCGCCAUCGUCUACGGCACCAUUGUCCUCAAGCUUUAUAGGGUGCUCCAGCUGUUUCUAUCUCAAAUGGCACAGCGAUUCUCCCACCUGAGCAGCAGGCAGCUGCUUCAGCGCCUGGGGCUGCUCCUGCUGCUAGUGCUGGGUUUCCUGCUGGUGUGGACAGCAGGGGUCCUGGAACCAGGCCAGCACACGCCUCUGGUGACCCAAGGCCAGACUCCUGCAGGCCGCCGCUUCCACCUCUGUCACCACGGCCACUGGGACUAUGUCAUGGUUGUAGCCGAGAUGCUGCUGCUGUGCUGGGGCAGCUUCCUCUGCUACGCUGGCCGGGCUGUCCCUGCGGCCCUCCAUGAGCCCCGCCAUCUUGGCAUCGCCCUGCACAAUGAGUUGCUGCUCUCCUCUGCUUUCCAUGCAGCCAGGUUUGUGCUGGUUCCCUCCCUACAUCCGGACUGGACCCUCCUCCUCUUCUUCUUUCACACCCACAUCACCGUCACUGUCACUCUGGCUCUGAUCUUCAUCCCCAAGUUCCGGAAGCUUGGGGCGCCUUCCCGGGAGGAGAUGGUGGACGAGGCCGGUGAGGAUGAGCUGGACCUGCAGCUCUCAGGCUCCUAUCUCAACAGCAGCAUCGCCUCAGCCUGGAGCGAGCACAGCCUGGACCCUGGAGACAUUCGGGAUGAGCUGAAGAAGCUUUAUGCCCAGCUAGAGGCCUAUAAGACCAAGGAAAUGGCUGCCAACAACCCCCACCUGCCCAAGAAGCGGGGCGGCUCUCGACAGGGCCUGGGCCGCUCCUUCAUGAGGUACCUGGCUGAGUUCCCCGAGGCCCUGGCCUGGCAGCACUCCCAGGACUCCCCAGGGUGCAGCAGCAUGCCUGGCUCCUCCCGCCACAGGCUCCUCAGCUCCAGCCUCCAGGAGCCCCAGUGGAAACCAGCCCUCCGCAAGUCCCGCAGCACCUAUGAGCAUGACCAGGGCAGGGAGCAGGACCUGCCUCUCCUCAACUCGCUGCUGAGGAGCAAGCUGGCCAAGAAAGCCUCGAGAGAGAGCAGGGAGUCGGUGGAGGAGCCCCCUGUCCUGGGCUUCAGGUCCAUCAGCGCCCACAAUCUGACAGUUGGAGAGAAGCUCCUCAGGGCCCCGCCCACCUCGCUGCAGAAGUCGCUCAGCGUGGUGGCUGGCUCCAGGGAAAAGGCCUUACUGGUGGCUAGCCAGGCCUUCCUAGAGGAGACCUAUAGGCAGGCAAAGGAGCAAGAAGAGAGAAAGAUGGCAGAGGCGGCCAUGGCCAGCCCAGUGUGGAGGCCAUCAGCCAGGAGGCUCGAGCAAGCUCAAGGGGCUCCCCUGUCAGCCCCACUUUCCCCUGCCAAGAGCAGCAGUGUGGACAGCCCCCCUCCCUCUGGGAAGCUUCAAGAGGAUACUGUGAAAAGAUUACCCCACCCACCCAUCAUGCACCAGGUCCCCACUCCCAUCUUGGCCCUGUCUGGGCCCUGCCUAGGAGAACCACAUAUGCUGUCUCCCACCUCCACCUUGGCCCCAGCUCUGAUGGCAGCCCCAGGCCCUAGCCUGGCACCAAUUCCAGUAUCCCCUCAAGGCCCCAGUGUACUCACCUACAUCUGCCCCUGGGAGGAUACAGAACUGCCAGUCAAGAAAGAAAAUGUGGCUCGAAAAGACCCCUCAGGGCCAGAGCAAGGCAACCACCCCUUGGCUCCUGCUCGGGCCAAGCUCUGGAGGGCCCUCUCCAUUGCUGCAGAGAAAAGAGGGGGUGAGGAGAAUGGGAUGGAUGUAGGGGAUGGGCACCUCCAGACAGAUGAGGACAGGCCCAAAAUCAUCUCUAAAUCCCACAGCCUCAAGACCCAGCAGGGAUCCAUGCGCAGUCUGGGACUGGCCAUCAAGGCUCUGACCCGUUCUAGAAGCACAUACAGAGAGAAGGAGAGUGGGAAGGUGGUCCCUGGCGGGGAGAAGGGCAGAGCAUCAGGAGAGGGUGCGGGGGCGUGCCCCCAGUCUCCCAGGCCAGGCCGGCCCAGGGCAGUGAGUAAGCAGACUGCCCUUGCCCCCAGUGAUGAUGAAGAGUCCCUCCAGAACCAACAGAACGCUCACACCAGCAGGAUGCUCCAGGUCUGCCACCAGGAGGGCACCAGGGAACAAGACGACAGAGGCAGGAGGACACCCCAGAGCCUAGGGGAGGAGAGAGCUGAGAGAGCAGUUAGAGCAGGGCCUGCCCCACUGAGGCAAGUCAGGCAGAACACAGUAGGUGACAGAACGACUGAGCGAGCAAAAGCAGCCCCCAUAGGUGGGCAGGAACUGCCCAAAUCUGGCCGGCAGUCUCUGGGCAGUGCUGACAGCUGUGUGGCAGAGGUGUGCCCCUGGGAAGCCACCGAGUUAGAAACCUGUCUGCCAGACAGUAGCAACAAGGCCGAAAUCUGCCCCUGGGAGGUGAGUGAAGGAACCCCUGAGAGCAGGGCAUUAAGAAGAGAUCUACAGGACUCUCAGGAGGAAAGGGGGAAAGCCCCAGAAAAAUCAGAACCCAAAGAUGUGGCUGCUAUUGCUCGGAAGAAGCCAGAAAGGCUGGUCAAGAGGCAGGAGGCAGUAUGUCCCCGGGAGAAUGCUGGUCCUGGGGGUCUGUCCCCUCCGGACUGUGACAAAACCAAGGGCAGGUCUGAGGCAGGGAGAAGCGUGGAGGCUAGAGAGAUAGAGAAUGCAGGACUAUCCCAGCAAAAGCUGAAAACAUUCUUCUGCAAAGAACAGAAAUCAGAUGGAGACUUGGAGUUUCAUUGUCCAUGGGAGAGGACAGAUUUCCGGGGCCCCUCAGCAAUCUCCACUCAGGUCCCAAGAACCGCUGGGGACCCAGGGUGUCUGAGCACUAGUGUUGUGGAGGUGUGUCCGUGGAAGGCGGGGGACACUCGUGCUGUCAGGAAAACAGAGAUCUGUCCCUGGGAGCUGGGUGACGAGGUAGCCGGGAAGGAAGUGUUGGGUGACGGGACGGGUGGAGAAUCUCUCCAGGGAAUGGGAAGUUCUGAAGAGAAGGUGGGACAAACUGGGAAAGCAGCGCAAGAGUUAAGUCACUGGCAGGAGUCAGCGUGUCCCUGGGAGGACACAGCCCCUGGGCACUCCAGCCCAUGUCUAGACAGUGCUUCAUCCAGAGCUGGUGGCCUCAGCCAGGGAGGAAGUAGAGCCACUCAGGGAUGUCCACAGGAAAAUCUCAGGCCAGGGGUCACACCUGCCAGGGCAGAGACCUGUCCCUGGAAGGUAGGUGAAAGAAUAAGAGAAGACUGGACAGCGGGUUGGGCAUCAGGAGAAGACUCUCAAGAGGGUCAGGAGAAAAUGCCUGGAACAUUAGGAAUCAAAGAUGCCACUACUUGGGAAAAGCAGGAAGCAGUCUGUCCUUGGGAAAGUGUGGACCCUGACAGCUUCUCCCCACGACGAGCUCAAAACAGAGAAAGACCCAAAGCCAGUUUCCAGGCAUCAGGCCUUGUGGGAAGCAAAAUUGCAGAGAUCUGUCCGUGGGAUGUGGAGGGGAUCCUGCCUGGUGAGAAGGCAGAGAUCUGCCCUUGGGAGGCGGGCACUGGAGCAGGGGAGCAGAGAGCUUUGGGAGUUGAGGCCACUAGCAAGAUGCCAGACCACGUAGGAAAGGCUCCUGCAGCUCCUGGACCCAGCGAGGUGGCUGUUCCUGCCCCAAAGGAGCCGGAGAGGCCAGCGCAGGAGCAGGAGGUGGGUUGUCCCUGGGAGAGCAUGGGUCCAAGGGGCUCCUCUCAGCAUUCAGACACUGGCAGACCAGAAGUUGGGUUUCAGGAACUGGACCAUGUGGGGUACAGGCGGGCCGAGGUGUGUCCCUGGGAAGUGGAGGAAGCGCCUGCCAGUGAAAAAGCCCAGACCUGUCCCUGGGAAUUGAGUGAAGUGGCUACUGGGAAGGGACUAGAAGAAGGUGUGGGGAGUGACUCAGCAGGGCAGAGGGAGAAGACUCUAGAAAAGGGGCGACUCACCUCCCUUGAAGACUUAUCAAAGUGGGAGAAAAAACAGAGCCUGAACCAGGAGGCUAUUGGUCCUUGGGGGAAGGAACCUCGAGCCCAGGUCCUCAAGGUUGCAGACUUGCCCAGCCCGAGUAACAGAGGGGCAGAAGGUUGUUGCCUGGAAGUGAGUGACGAGGCAUCUGAGGGAGAAGACCUGAGACAGGACCCACAGAUGAAUGGAGGGAUCCCAGAACAUGUAACACAAGAAAAAGCUCCUUCAAAAGCCAGAGAAUUCACUGCAGAAGACGAGAAAGAUAAAAGUAUCCAGUUCCAGGCGGAGAGCAUGGCUCCCGCAGGCUCCCUCUCCAGCACUGAGCAAGGGGAAGCUGGCUCUCAGAGACUGGUCAGUGUGGAGGGCAGGAUGGCCGAGGCAUGCGCAGUGGAGGCUCCUGCCCUGGAUGUGCCUGCACCCGACAGUGGUGCCAGAGCUGAGACCCUCUGCUUGGAGGACACUGAGAGACUCCCUGGGAGAGGGCUGUCAACACACCAUGGGAAAGGGGACUCUCCAGAGAAGGGGAAAGCCCUAGAAAAACCAGAGCCCAAAGUUGUGGCAGUUCAGGAAAUGCCAGAGAGGGCAGGUAGGAAGCAGGAGGCUGGGUGUCUCCAGGAGAGCCAGGACUGUGGGGGUCUGUCUCCACAAGCAGCUCCACAAGCUUGUGACAGAAGCAGAGGCAGUUCUGAGGCAGCAGACGGUAUGAGGACCAGCGGAGCCCAGGUGUGUCCAUGGGAAGCAGAAGAGGCUCCCUUUACCAAGAAAGCAGAAAUCUGCCCUUGGGAAGUGAGAAAAGAAGCAGCAGACACAGGAGAACUGGAACAAGAGGUGGACAGAGAUUCCCAAGAACAAGGAGGGAGGUUCCCUCAAAAGGCAGGAUCUGGAGGGGCUGAAGGACACUUUUCAAAAGAAGUGGCUCAGGUCAGCAGAGAGCAGGAGACAGUCUGCCUCCGGGAAGGCACAGAUUAUGGGGAGGAAGACUCUCCAGACACCGACCAGCCCAAAGUCAGUCUCUGUGGAGCAAGAAGUAUGGUGAGCAAGAUGGCAGAGCUGUGUCAGUGGGAAAUCACAAAUCCAGAAGGAAAUAAAAUAAAGGGCACCAUGGCAGACAUCUGUCCUUGGGAGGGAACUGGAGGCUCCUCUGAGGAAUCUGGCCUCCUGCUUUUAACAGGCACUCAGACAGAAAUAUUUUCUCCUACAGCCCCUGAGAAACCGCCUUGCCUUUUAGUCCACAGGCCUCCAGGGAACUUCCUUCUAGAAAGCAAAAGCCCCCACCCCAAGGUGAGCAAGUCAGCCAAUACUUCUCUGGAAGGUGUCAAAGGACUCCAAGGGCCUUCAGCACUUGGAACAGGAACUAGCUUAGCCACAGAUUCAAGUCUCCAAGAAGCUGAGGCUCAGAAGUCUUCCUCCUUGACUGAAGAACAAGAAGUGGUUUCUAAAGUUCCCUGUGAAGGUCCCCCACCAACAGUCUAUCCUCAGCUCUGGGAGUGAUAGCUCCAUCAAGUGAAACAUCAGGCGACUAGCUUUUAGGGGCCAAAGUCCUGUCC